UGUGUGCAUUUGAAAACAGAGUGGAUUGUAACCUUGUACAGGUUAUCAAUGUACUUCCGCCUUUCAGGAAGAUGUGUUCCUAAACAUCUUAUUUAGAGAUGUUGUUCGAAUUGCGGCCUAUAAGUGUGUCGGACGCCACAUUUGGCCAGAAGGACUCGGACGGAGAAGAGGAAGGGAGCGAUCCCUCGGGUUAAAACUGCGAUCACUCAUCCUGGGAAGUCAAUGAUAACAGAGUUGAUAUGGAACGGGACCAGGGUCCAGUAUCUGACGAUGUCUUCAACUACAACGUUCCAACAAUCCACAGUUUGUGGCUUAACUCAAAGGCGCUCACACUGCAGCGGACAAGACAUGCUACUUCAAGCUCACCAAAUUACCCCCAAGGUUUUCCAAACAGAGAAAAGAGUUGGAAAGCGACAAGGGAGGUAAGCCACGAGGGCACGACCAACAGGAAGCAGACCGACAGAGUUCUGGUCCCCUCAUUUCGAUGGGACAACACCAUGUCCAAUAACAUCCUGGCUGUUGUUAGCGGUGAUGGGAAACAGGGCCCUGAUAUGGAGAUGUGCAUUGGAGUAAUCGGCACCUUCCAUCCUGUGUUAGCGGGUGACAAUAACAGUGUCCAUAUAGUCCCAAAUCACAGAGGCAGACUCGGGUAGGCAAUUACAGUGUCCAUAUAGUCCCAAAUCACAGAGGCAGACUCGGGAGUUAUCGGCAGCUUCAAUCCAGUGUUGGCUGGUGACAGCAUGCCUACAAUGGCCUCCAUGUCACAGCCAGUCCAGUCUGCGACCACAAAUGGCAUGCAGGUCCAGGAGGCGAAGUUUUACAAGGGAGACCAGCAAGACAGCGUUAUCGACGUGAGUAACCACCCCAACAGUGACGGCUCCUCAACACGCAGCUCUCCCCGCAUGGAGAACCAAGCUGGAGAGAAUCAGUGGGAAGGGAAUAUUAGAGGACUCUUAGGCGGAUAGUACUAAACCACAGGCAAGCUAGGGAGAUUGCCGUCUUAGGGAUGCAGAUUCCGCAGCCUUAUCGACCAAGGACGCUGUGUUCAGUGAUGGCAAGUUUCUCUACCAGACACGGAACGUUCUUCUAGUCGAUUACCCAUUCAAGUUAUCAGCGGCAAGUCUAUCACGCCAGUGUAGGAGUACCAACAAAGAAAAAAAUCUUCCUCACAAUGGCCGGCGCAGAGGACUGGUCGUACCCGAUGUCCGUUGUGGUUUCCAGUGCCAAGAUUCAGGACCUGGUGGGACUGAUCUGCUGAUUAUGGUCAGUGUUAUAACCUGGAGAAGGACUCUGUGCCUGGGGUGUCAAUUGAUCUGGAGUGUAACCUGGCCAGCAUGGAUACCCUGGAGUUUGUGCUGGUCCGAGAAAACCGUUCCCGAGGUGACGCCACAGAAAUUGACAAUGGCAGGUCCUCAGAGAUGGCCAAGUCCCUCACGAGUCACCACUACAAGUCCUACCUGGUCAGCAUGGUGCACAAACUGAGGACCAACACAGAGGUGCAGUUAGGGAUAAGCGGAGAAAAGGUAGACAUAGACCCUGUGGUAAGCAAAAGCAGUGCGAGAAUCUUCCGACAGAAGGCGGUUACCUAUGACGCUGAUAAUAUUGCAUCAUGUGAUAUCUUUGAGGCGAAAAAUGGUGGUAAAUCAGUGUUCCGUCUUGCCUACUUCAAUGGGCACGAGUUCAAACACCGCGACUUUGAGGCAGACACUGCAGUGUGUUAUGAGAUUGCACUGAAGUUUAACAACAUACUGGAGCUCAGGUUGAGUCCUGUAGGGAAGGAAUACGUUGCCAACAGAGACAAGAAGUUUAUGAAGAAGCGGGAUUCUUUAUUGAUGUGAAACUUAAAUACUGUUUAUUGUUUAAUCAUUAGUAUUAAUGGGAAAUUAUUUUCGUUGCUUUUGUGGGUUGACCAAUCCACAAACUUAACACAAAUACAUUUGUAAAAUGGCUUAGGCAAAUUCUUGCUUUUUUCCGAAAUCAGAAAUCAAUGGUUUACGUGUCCAUACAAGUCUUUUUUUUAAACCACGAAUUGAAUGCCAACGAAUGUAAAUGAUUUUGAAGUUCUUUGAAGGUGGAAAUGUCUUCUUUGCUACAAUACUUUUUUAAUUUGUUUUAAAUGGUUUGCUUUUCUACAGCCCAUUUAAUUGUAACCAGGAAUGCCUAUUAGAAUGUCUUGAUUUCCCAAUAAAAUUUGUUUUGGGGGAAUUUUAAACUUUGCCAUUUUCUGUACAUGUCUAGUCAUGUUAUGACUUUGAGUUUGUUUUACACUUAUUUAUAUUUAUAAAUAUUAACUGUA